CAUCGCAAUCACAAUUUUCUAAUCCAGUUGACUGCUUUUCUUUAUCAUAAUUGCAUCGUCCGUUUAUCACUCCCAUGUCCACCGAACUGAUUCUUCCUCGCGUCCUCAUCGUCUCGCGACGGACCGUUCGGAAGAACAAAUUCGUAGAUUUUGUCGGGGAGUAUCAUCUUGAUCUUAUAGUGAGUUAUGGAGCGGUUCCGGUCAUCGUUCCUCGGGUCGCCGGAGUUCAUAUGUUGCUAGACAGCUUCGAGCCGAUCCACGGCGUUCUUCUCUGCGAAGGGGAGGAUCUGGAUCCGUCCCUGUAUGAGGGCGAAGCCGGGGCGACGGAUCUCUCGGCGGAGGAGAUGGAGGAGAUCCGGCGGCUGCAUGCGAGCGACACCGCCAUUGACAAAGAAAAAGACACGAUAGAGCUCCGGCUGGCCGAGGUUUGCCUGAAGAGGAACAUUCCGUACCUGGGAAUAUGCCGGGGAUCGCAGGUGCUGAACGUUGCAUGCGGCGGGACACUGUAUCUGGACGUGGGGAAAGAGGUGUCGAAGAAAAUCUCGCAGGAGCAAAAGGUCGAACACGUUAACUACGACGACUACGACGGCCACCGCCACGCGGUUAAGGUUGUGGACAACACCCCAUUGCACCACUGGUUCAAGGAUUCUCUGGAAGAUGAUGGGAAAAUGGAGAUUUGGGUGAAUAGUUAUCAUCACCAAGGAGUCAAGAAACUCGCCCCCCGCUUCGUUCCCAUGGCGUUUUCCCCGGACGGAUUGAUCGAAGGGUUCUAUGAUCCCGAUUCCUAUAACCCGGAAGACGGAAAGUUCAUCCUGGGGCUCCAGUUCCACCCGGAAAGAAUGAGGAAACCCGAUUCCGACCAAUUCGAUUACCCAGGAUGCCCCUUUGCCUAUCAGCAAUUUGUCAAGGCCGUGUUUGCCUACCAGAAGAAGAUUACAAGCAGCACAAACACCAUCCCAAAAGCUCCAAAGCUCAACCAAGAAAUAGAGAAACGGACGAAAAUAUUCCUCAAAAGCUUCUCCCAAGCCGGUGCAGAGUUUCUCGAGCAGACAAAUAGAGCGCUUAGCGUGCAGCAGGAGAAGAGGCUGAAGCAAAUGGGGGCGACGGUGAGGAACGCUUCAUGGUACGUGGAGAGGGUGAAGCUGAACGAGGAAAGAGAAGGGUUAGCGAGGAAGGUGAUGGGGAAGAUGACGGUGGAACAGCUCUACGAUCUCAGGUCGUUCUACCACAUGAUGGGGAAGAUAUGUUCUGAAAUCUUGGAAAGCAAACUCCGAAUCCAAGAUAUGGUCGUGUACGAGGCUGCUGCUUCUUGAUCGAUUAUCCACUCCACCUUCAGUUCGUGAUCUGGAUAUAUGGCUCUUUGUAUUAUAUGCAGUUUUUUGCUUUGUUAGUUGUCUUUUUUCCUUUCGUUAGCUUUUAGGUAGGAGGAAUCACAUUCACAUGUUUGUAGUGUAAAGUAAGCACAAGUCUCAUGUUUCUCCCAGCCUCCUCCCUCCGCAACUGUACUACUACCUAUUAAUCUAUUAGAACCUUAUCUGUCCUGUAGUGUAAAGCUUUUGUAUCAUAUGGUGUCCUGUACUGCAAAGCUUUUGUAUCAUAUAUAAUUCUAUGUAA